AUGCUGUCCAUGACGGUCCGGGACCACGCUCUGCCCUUUCUCGUUGACACAGGGGCUACCAGAUCUACGGUUAAUCAGGACAUUGGGCCUCUGUCUCGACGGACGAUGAGCGUGGUGGGUUUCUCUGGGGUAAGUCAGAUUCUGUCAUUUACCAUCCCCCUCCCCACACACGUAGCGGGACAGAAAUUACAACACCCCUAUCUAGUGUCUCCCAGUGUUCCAGUCAAUCUCCUGGGUAGGGACCUACUCUCGAGACUCAAUGCACAGAUCCUCUGCGGUCAGCAGGGCCUCACUGUCACGUUCCCGGAUGGGACUGAAGUUCUAUGUGCACAAGGGAUUGGGGACACACACCAGUACCUCCUCAGAGACACUGAACCUAGAUUUGCAGACAUUUUCUGGGCCCUGUUGGAGCCAUCACAAACUGGGCUCUACUCAUGUUAUCUCCAUUGGAAACCCUGGAUCCUCAGCGUCCACCCCUACAUGGCUCCACCUGACCUGCUCCAUCUGACUCUGUUCUACGACUGGGAGGGUAAUGAAUGUUACCUAGAGGAAUUCCAAAAUCAGCUAGAAGGUAAGACCUGGCAGCUACAUUCUGGUGACAUUUUGGUGGGACAACAGGGGGUUGCGGCAAUGGUUAAUCUCACAACAGAGCAACAGUCCUGGUAUAAUAUGUCUGAGACUGCUUUCCCCCACAUUUCGCUGGCUCUCCAUCCGGGACAUGAGGCUCGCGAAUUGGACCCCAUGGUCAAAGCAGCAGUCUUAGCCUCAGACUGGUCUUCCUCCGGCCUGCCUGGCGUGCUCCGCUCUCCGUCCCUGAAAAUGUUCAGAAUUGUGAGUACUACCACUGACUCUGCUUUAUGCACACAUGAACUCAUACCUAGAGACCAUGGUAGAGAAAAAUCUGAUCAUCCAAAAGCACAGGAGCUUAUCUCCUCCCUCCCAGUCUCAUUGUGGGCCGAGGGUCCAACCGAUGUCGGAUUGAUCCACUGUAAACCUAUCUCAUUCCAGCUGAAUACUGACUCUCCGGUCUGGGUGCCACAGUACCCUCACAAAAGAGAGGCAGAAUUGGGCAUUCAGGACACCAUAGAAGGCCUGUUAGACUCUGGUGUCCUCGAACCCUCCAACUCCUGCUGGAACACACCCAUUCUACCGAUUGAAAAGAAGGGCACCGGUCAGUACCGUAUGGCCCAUGACCUCAGAGCCAUCAAUCAGAUUCUAGGGACCAAUACGGUCCCGGUGCCAAACCCAUAUGUUGCUCUGAACAAUCUGUCUCCCGAACAAGCAUGGUUCACAUGUAUUGAUCUUGCUAACGCUUUUUUCUGUCUCCCUUUACAUGAGAACAUUCGGGACAUCUUUUCGUUCACCUACCAGCGUCGCAGACUCCGUUACACCCGCCUCCCACAGGGAUUCGCCCUCUCCCCUGGCAUCUUUAACCAGGUUCUGAAAGAGAGUUUGGCUGACCUGCAGCUGCCUGAUGGCACCACAGUGAUUCAAUAUGUCGACGACCUGCUCAUUGCGUCCACCACAGCCGAGUCCUGCCUGCAGGCCACACGGGCCCUGCUCCUACUCCUGGCCCGCCACGGGUUCAAGGUCAGUCAACCUAAGUUGCAAAUCGCGCGGAAACAAGUUUCUUUCCUCGGCAGACUACUGUCACAAAAGGGGGCCUCAUUGUCCCCCGCCCACCGCACAUCCAUUCUGCACCACACCAAGCCUGACACUGUCAAAGCUAUGCUGUCGUUUCUCGGUCUGGUGGGUUACAGCAGGCAGUACAUACCUGAUUUUUCCACUCUCACAUCUCCGCUGAGAGCCAUGGUCACCUCUGCAGGUAUGAGAAAUCUGAAUGCGAAGCUGACAUGGUCCCGCAACUCGGAAGAAGCUUUUAUCAAACUCAAACAAGAACUCGCUGCGUCCGCCGAAUUGGCCCUCCCCGACUACGCGCGCCCGUUCUUUUUGGAUGUUUCUGAAACAGAAUCUGUUGCUAACGGUAUUCUGUUCCAGAAAAAAGGGGGAGAGAGAACGGUACUGAUGUAUCUCAGUGUCAUCCUUGACCCCACAGAAAAACGUCAACCAACGUGCACAAGACAUGCUGCAGGUGUUGCCAAACUCAUCAACAAAAGCGCACACAUAGUUAUGGGACACACACUUCACAUCUUGACAUCACACAGCGUUGUAGCUUAUGUGAACUCGCAAACUUUUACGAUGUCCUCCACAAGACAGCAAAAACUCGCUCGCAUUCUCGAAGCCCCAAACUUGCUAUUCACUCAUGAAGGUGUUAACAUGGCUGAGCGUUUGGGGGAAGGUGUGUUGCAUGAGUGUGCCCACAGGGUUGAAAAAGAAGAAAAAGCCAGAGAAGACCUCCAGUCGGAGCCCAUCCCAGGGGCCAGAAACCUAUACACAGACGGAUGCUGCUACAGAGAUGAGAAGGAGGGACUCAGAGCAGGAUUCUCAGUGAUAGAAGAAACACCAGACGGACUCAAGACGGUAACAGCACAAAAGCUCAAUGGACCACAGUCAGCCCAGAGAGCAGAAGUCGUGGCAGUGAUUGAAGCCCUGAAAGCAGGUAAAGACCAAGACAUUAACAUUUACACUGACUCAGCCUAUGCAGUACACGCAGCACAAGUAGACCUAGGACAAUGGAUGAGAGCGGGCUACCUAACUGCAAAACAAGAACCCAUUAAACACAUGGAUGAAAUGAAAGAGCUUGCAAAAGCACUGUGGUUUCCCCAGAAGGUAGCCAUCAUCAAAUGCAAAGGACACGACAACAGCGGAUCCAGAGUUGCCAUGGGCAACCAAGCAGCAGACUCUGCAGCCAAAGCAGCCGCAGGAUAUCAUGAGAAGCUCCUGUUGGUAAGACCAGACACAGAGACACAAAUGACAAAACUGUCCCUUACAGAAAUCUCAAAAGAACAGGACCUAGCCUCACCUGAAGAGAAGACAGUGUGGAAACUCAGAGGCGCAGUCCUAUCGGAAGGGACCUGGAGAUCCCCAGAUGGAAGGUUGGUUCUGCCACCUGGGCUCAAAGACAGUAUCUUCUCAGAAGCACAUGGAGUUGGCCAUGCAGGCAUCUCCCAGAUGAAAGUGGACCUCAAAGAAUGGUGGCACUCCUUCCUACAUGACAUGCUAAAGGAGUGGGUAAGACACUGCACUGUUUGCACACACCACAACACCAGACCUACAUACAAACCCGGGGUGGGUAAGUUCCAACUAAACACACGUCCAGGGAAAGAAAUCAUCAUUGAUUUUACAGAUAUGGUUAACUCAGUCCGAGGGUACAGGUAUGUUUUGAUGUGUGUUGAUGCAUUUACAGGAUGGCCAGAAGCAUGGCCAGUGAAAAGAGAGGACAGCAAAUCAGUAGUUAAGUGUCUCAUCAACUAUUACAUCCCACAGCAUGGCUUCCCAGAAAAGAUCAGGUCGGACAAUGGGUCACACUUCAAGAACCAGGACCUCCAGUACGUGGAGGCCAUGUUGGGACUUAAACAUGGUUUUGGGUCCGUGUACCAUCCUCAAUCUCAGGGUAAGGUUGAGAGGAUGAACCAGACAGUCAAGAACAGGCUGUCAAAGAUUUGUGCCCAUACAGGGCUGAACUGGGUGGAUGCUCUACCGCUCGCCCUCAUGUCCAUCCGAUCCUCAGUAAACAGGACAACUGGACACACCCCAUUCGAGCUCGAACGUGGUCGACCUUUUCCAGGGCCAGAGCGAGCCCUGCAAAACACUGACCCUCCUCCCUCUCACAUGCACCAGAAAGAUUAUUAUGUACAACUGCAAUCUGUUCUCUCUGAAUUUGCUAAGCAGGUGCGAGACAGCAAAGACGGCACCAAAGACGGUGACCUACCCAUCACUGACUGGGUCCUCCUUCGGGUCAUCAAGAGAAAGUGGAGCGAGCCUAGGUGGACAGGACCAUUUCAGGUGACCGAGAGAACCUCCCACGCAGUCCGGCUGGACAGGAAAGGAGACACCUGGUUCCACCUCACUCAGUGCGCCCCAGCUGUAACACCUCAACGCUCCCUGAAGGAAGUGCGGCAGGAUCUUGCAGCAGCUGCAGCAGGAAACCAAACCAAAGAGCCACACACCUCCAGAAAAGACACAGGGCAGAAUAAUCCCUGCAACGAAAAAGGCACAGGGUAGUCUACCCCUGACCGCCUGAAGAAAGACGACAACAUCCCGCAGGACGUCAGCUGACACCUGCUCCAGUAGACAACGACGCUACGCUGCUUGUCCGGGCGACCUCCACGGACGGAUCAUCUGUCAGGUCGUACAAGACGAGAAGAUUUUUUACCUGUAUGCUCCACACUGUAUGUUCCACACCCUUUUAUUUCGGCAUUUAUCUGGUUAUUAACUUACAUUGUAUUGCUCGAUGUUCUUUUGUGGGUUGAAUUUUGCAGAAACAAAAUGAGGAUCCCUCGUCCUAAAUUUGGCUCAUGGCCAUGGUUGAUCGCUUUAGCCUUAUUUAGCAUAGGUUUGCUGCUUAUAAUUUUAGGGCUGACUAGGGAGUUCCCACAGUUGCCUACAAAUGCCACAAAACACGAUGCAACAUACCUCUCACGUCCCAUUCGCGGUUAGGAUGCUUAUUCGGCCCGCCCAUCAAUCUCUGGUAAUGCUACGGCCCCAGUGCAAGUUGGCCCUCCCUCGGAGAUGGUAACAAUUGGCGACAAGCAGAAGGUCCCAUACCGUAUGAUGUAUCUUACACGCCCCGGGGGGGGAAUGACAGCCAAAAAGGGGGUGUCAGUAGUGUCUGUCAAUUUCACUUACUUAAAGGUCAUGGUUCCCACUCCUUCUGAAUGUUGGGUUGAUAGAUUUGAUGUGUAUCCAAUCAAAGUACUCACGGUUGUUUUCCAUCUCCUCCUCUAAUCCCCAGCCCACAGCUUGAUACUAACCUGUCCCUCAGUGUGGUAGACCCCGACCUGGAUGCCGCCCUGCAUGCGAACAAAAGUAAUGUUUACCUAGUCAUAGCAGAAGUACUGAUGGUUAAAUUUAUACUGAUGGUUAAAUUUAUACUCCUGGCACUGUUGAUGCGCUCAUUGAAGGUGAUCUCUUUGAAGAGAUCAAAAGGGGGAAUUUGUGGGAACUCACAGGUUCAUGCUAAUCAUUUAACCAUCACAUGUUCACGCUAAUCAUUUAAUCAUUGAUGACAAUCAUUUAAUCAUUGUUUCAGGUAAUUAACUGUUUUCUUAUUGUGUUAACAUUAUUUUGUGUGCUCAUCGCGGACAUGUACUGAUGAGUCAGAUUAGAAGGUUUAAUGCUAACACGGGGGCAAUUGACCACUGUGUCACAAUGUAUAGAACAGAGACUUUCAGUAUAGAAGGAUUUUAGCUUAUGCCUAGAAGUGCCAAGGGUUGGUAAGUAUGGUUUUAAACUGUUCUGCCUUAACAGUCAUUUAUUAAAAAGUGUGCUUUAUAAUCAUCACAGCCAUUCAUUAAAAGUGUUCCUUAUAAAAGUGCUCUAUGGCCCUGACAUAUGCCUUAGAUAAUGAUGUGCCUUUCAUAAACAGAUGUGCAGGUGCUAGUCAGAGAUGUGAACAACAGGACGAGGGAGGAAGAUCACUCUGUCCUGGGAAGAUGGGGAGUUGUAAAGGGGGGGUUUGCAUGCCCAGCAGUCUGCCCAGUGGGAACUCAGUGAAAGCUUGGAAUACAUGACGCAAAUAUGAUAAAGGGAGACGGGCGCUGGAUGCAUCCAAGGUCAACUUUCCUGAAACCACGGUUUCGGUCAGGUAAAAAAAAAAUAGAACAAUACGUGCUUGUUUGUCCAUAGAGAAACACUGGGGGCUGCUGGUUAUGUAAACUCUCCGCCCAAAAAGAUGAUGAGACGCCUCCUAGGGUAUAAAUAUUAACUACUGAAAAAUAGUAAUCAGACCACCUCAGAGAUACCAUUGGGUUGAUGUUGUGUUCUCCAAGAUAUCUUGUGUUAUUUGAUGUGCCGAAAUAAAAGGUUUGUUGAAGACACCUUUUUGCCUCAGUGAAUCCUCUGUUCCAGUCUCCAUCAACGGACUCGGGGAAGUUUGAAUUAACUUCAACAGUAGGUGGAGGUGUGACAAACACUUCAGUAUUUAUGUUUCGCAUCAAUACAGUGAAUGCUUAUGUUUUUAAAUUUUACUAUAUAAUCUGACUAUGUCCGAGUUCAAACAGUCAGUGUGAGAGUGGUCUAUGUUAUCAGAUUAUCUUUGUGUGUGUGUCAUUUGCCAGGUUCUCAAGGCACCACCAACGGGGGUCAGCACAGAGGGAGGAGAGGCCACUGCUGCAAACUGGAAAUGGUUUAACAUCAUGGAUGAGGUGAUGAGGGACCGUCCCACCAUAUCACCGCCCAACCUCAUCACCUCAUCCAUUACACCAGCAGCAGUGGCCUCUCCUCCAAAUCCCCCUUCUGAGUCUCCUCCUGUGAGAGUGAGGAGAACAAGCGACUCACGGAGCAGAGAGUGGUUUGAGGAGUGGGUUAAAGAGUUUGAGGAGAGGGAGGAUGAAAGGAUUCGGCAGGCAGAGGAGCGGGAACGUCGGGCAGAGGAGAGGGAGAGGCAGGAAAAGAGAGAGAUGGAAGAAAGAUGGGUAAGGAGAGAGAGAGAGUGGAGAGAAGAGGAAAGAAGGAAUACAGAUAGAAGAGAGCGUGAGUGGAGAGAGUGGAUGGACAGAAGAGCAAUAAAAGAAAGGAGAGAGAGAGAGGAAAGAGAGAGGGAGAGUAGAGUGAGAGAAGAGAGGUGGAUGGAGUUAAUUGAAAGACUUUUUAAUUCUAAAUAA